AUGCAUCCGCUGCAAGGAGCUGAAUGCUGGUGUGCUUUAUUUGCCGAGCGUCGUACCGAUAUCUUCGGUGUUGAUGCUGCUGGAGCAGAACAAACGGUAAUCGGAAGAAAAUUGGGAGAGGAAGCUCCGCAGCCUGCAAAGAUCAACAAAUCUACGAAAUUCAUCGUCAACACGGCGCCCUAUCCGAUGCGUCGAAAGAACGCAUCGGGACACGACAAAACUGAUGAGCUGGAGCCGGAGGCUGAAUGGUUGAAGAAGGUGAAUGGUGCGAUUGACUUGCGUAUACAACUACCUGUAAGUGCAGAGUUUAACAUGGAUGGAUCGAUCAUCGGAUUACAGAUCAAUGUUUCCUCGCAGCAUGCCAACAAGAUAGCUGAAGCUUACUUCGAUGGUUUCUUUCUGAAAGACAACUUCUCUUUGGCCUUUUACAACAUGAAGAAGCAAUCGUUCGUUAUUUUGCAGAUUAAGGAAAGAGGAGGCAAAAACAAAUGA